CCGCCCAGCUACUUGACCCCCAGAGAGUGGAGACUGAGGCCUGAGCCUUAGGUGUGGUGAAGCCAGGUCAAGGAGCAGGAUGGCGGAGGGUUGGUGCUAGGAGCCAGGGCUGGAGACAACGGGCUGGAUACAACAGAUGGCGGAGGCUUCUGACUUGGGAUGCUGAUGUGGAGGGCAGUGGCCACAGGAGUAGUGAGGAGCAUGUUGCUCACAGGGGCCAGCCAUCCGGCAACAGUCUGGUUAGUGGCUGGAAGGUGGCCUAACUUGCUGCCUGCCAUCUGACCAAGGGGCCCUGGGAGCCUUGGGGACCCUACCCCACCUGAUCCUGAUCCUUCCCCUAGAGCCUCAGAGGUGAAGACCCACAGCCUGCUGAGGGUCAAGAUGGACAGCAGGCAGCUGUGGGCACAGCAGUCACAGCCCACUCAAGAGCAUAGGCAGCCCUUUCCCCCUGGGGGCCAGUCUAGGACCAGGGGCCAACCGGGUGCCCAGAGCAGUAACCAGCACGGAUUGCAAACGCAGGACUGGGUGUGUGAGCCACAGGAGCACAGGCGCCCACGCCGCCACUGGAGCAUCAGCAUCGAUGAGCGCCGGCGGCUGGCCAUGCUGGGCACCCCCUCCCAAGACAGGGUGUGUGGUGGGCGGGCAGGCUGCCCUGUGCCUGGCCUCAUCUGCCCAGUCCCUGUGCCUCCCUGCCCACACAGCCCCUGACACCAAUGUUGCCCGCAGGCCAUCACGCAAAUGGUGGCAGAGCUAGUGUCUGAAGACGUGGACAAGGACGUGCUCCUCGCACAGCCACCCAGGUCUGCUGAGUCCACUAAUGCCUUCUACGACUUCCUGGCCCGGAGCACGCCCUUCUGGCAGAGUGCGACUUUGAAGAGCCAAGCCUCGGGGCCUCCCGGCUCCUAGGAGCUCUCGGACCUCAGCUUUCCAGAGCUUCUCCGUGGGGAGGUUUUGGGGGAAACCUCUGUGUCCCUGUGUCUCACCAGGGAGAAAACAGGCCUCAAAGCACUGCCUGCCUGGUGCCCUGGGGCUGCUGGGAGGGGUCCUGCCCCAGCCUCCACCACCUGGAGGGUGAGGGUCAGAGGGUCCUGCCGGCAGAUGGAGGCCUGCCUUAYGCUGCCAGGAGGAAGUUCUGGGGCACCUGGGCAGCUGGGUGCCAGGCGACCCACCCUGGGGCUGACAGCACCUCCAGAGCCUUGGUCCUGCCUUUGAAGGCCCAGACAGGAUUCCAGGACCCAGCAGUGAGGCAGGGUGGGGGUGGGGCAGCUGGGUGAGGCACACAGAGGGAGGCUUCGUGAGGAAGAGAGCUCCCAGCUCUGGAAGUGAACCUGGAGGUGGACUAGGGUGCAUAGAGGGUCUGGGGUGGCCUUGAGAAGCUGGCUGGACAAGUGGCCCCAGGCCUUAGGCUGGAGCCAUAACUGCCUGGUCUCAAGGYGUGGGACUGCAGAAGGGUUCUGAGCCAGGGUGACAAUCCAGGCUGCAUUUUGAGGCGAUGGAGCUGGAGGGGCCUGGGGGUGGGAGAUAGGGAAAGGAGGGAGGGUUCCCAGCCSUGCUGGCUGGCAGGAUGGAGUGUGAGGAGGUGGCCCUGGACUCAGUGACCGACUUAGGGGUUGCUUGGGCUUCUGCGAGGGCAGGGCUGGUGAGGGGCUUUGGGUUGAGAGGAGGUGACAGCCACCUGGACCGUGCACACAUUGGCAAACAGGCAGUGCUGUCCCAGAGCCCAGGCUGAGGUGCAGAUCUGGCCAUAUGGUGCCUGCUGCCCUUGAACAUUCCUCCUGCUUCUCUGCCUCCCUCACUGUAAGAUGCAGUGAAAGUUCCUCUUCCUUCAGGAAGCCUACCUACAUCACCCAGCUGGGCACUCCCUUUCCAGUUCAAUGUAAUUUUGUCCCAUUUGUUCGUCAGGAUCCCCAGGGUGGGUGGAGGGCAGGCCAYGGAGCCACAGGGA